UUUCACAGAUUCAUUCUCGCGAUUUAUGGUUUACAUAACGUAUAGUGGCAUUGCCAUGCACUACCUUCACGCACAUUUGUAUCAAAAUUUAAAAAAAUAUAUUAAAUUGUUGUUUACCCCCACUUUCUACCCUCACCUACGGUGAGCAGCGCCCGCUCUUGGCUCAUUGUGCAUUUUCAUGUGCUAGCCUUCGCACGUCUUUUCACGACGUAUAUUGUAGUGUAUUAGUAGUGAUCUUUAAACAUGGGGAAAAGGAAAUCAACGGAACAUGAGGAGGAAAUUCGUAGGAAAAUAAGAAGACUUCAAGGAAAGUUAAGAAGAAAGAAGAAGCGUGUAAUCGAAUCAUCUGAUACAGAGGAUUCUGGUACGGAUACGUACGAUCAGAGGGGUCAUUCAUCUGGCUCGGAAACACCACCGCGGCCUCCCUACUCGCCCCUAACAGCGGCAUCAGUGUCGUCACCAGAGCCGGAGCGACGAAGUUCCAGAGGGCCCGAUGGAGUCGAUACUGUGCAGGAACCGACGCCGUCGACUUCAAAGGAUAAUCAGGAAAGUACAAAUGCUGAUAUUGCGUUACAGGACGAUAUUUUGUCACUGUUAGGUGAUGCCCCAAAAGCAGAGGUUUCUUUUGGGAAGCCGCUUCAUAAAGAUGUCGCGAGUAGAUGGCAAGAAAUUCUUGCCAAAGGUUUAUCCAUCGAGGUAAAGGCCAAAUUGAUGGAGGAGUACUAUAUCCCAAGUAAUUGUGAUCUUUUAACAGCACCGCUGCUUAACCCAGAGGCAAAGGCAGCCUUGACAACUGCCAUUACUAAACGCGAUUCUUCAAUUAGAGAAAAACAAAAACAAUUAGGCAUCGCCAUAUCUGCUCUAGGACAGGCCGUAGAAGAUGUAAUUUCUAAUGAAUCUACUAAAAAGAUCCUAAAACCAAUUAGUGACGCAUGUCGCCUCUUAUGCGACAUUCACUUCGCCGAAACAAAAACUCGCCGUAAUUUAAUCAGUUACUGUACAAAUACGAAACUGAAAGAAACUGUUUUAGAAUCUACUAGAGACAAAUUUCUUUUCGGAGAGAACUUGGCCGAAAAACUGAAAUCCGCAAAGUCUAUCCAACAAUCAGGAGAAAGUUUAAAAAUUAAGAAACAACUAGGUUACUUCAACAAAAACUCAUCUAAUCUGAGAACAAAUAACAAUAAUUUAAACUCCAAGAGUUACUAUCGGAAGACACGAUUCAAACAAACAGGCCAGGGUCGAGCUCCUCCGGAGAGGGUCACCAGCCAGCGUCGAACGAGAGGCCAUCAGUCGCCUCGUCGAGCGGUCGAUGUGGAGAGACAGAAACGCAGCGCGUAUCGCAAAUAGACGAGGUACGUUACGCUGGCCGUCUUAAAUAUUUUGCACAGGCCUGGUCACAAGUAACUGACGACCUACUUAUAUUGGAGUGGGUUCAAGGUUACAAGAUACCAUUUAUUAAAUUACCUAGUCGCAGUAAUAAUCCGAAUGUUCAGCCUAGAUCCGUUCAAGAAUCAUCGGAUUUUGAAACAGCGAUACAAAAACUAUUAGAUAUCAACGCAAUUUCUAAAUGUAACCACGAGGACGGAGAAUUCUUGUCGAGUAUAUUUUUAGUAACUAAGCCUAACGGAGACAAAAGAUUUAUAUUAAAUCUUAAAUGCUUAAACAAAUUUGUAAAAACCUCUCAUUUUAAAAUGGAGGACUAUCGUACCGUUGUUAAACUUAUAACCCCUAACUGUUUUAUGGCGUCAAUAGACCUAAAAGAUGCUUAUUUUCUUAUUCCAGUACACAAAUCACAUAGAAAGUAUCUUAGAUUUCAAUAUUGUGGAGAUCUGUACGAAUUCAAUUGCUUACCAUUCGGAUUAUGUACCGCACCUUAUGUUUUUACUAAAAUGUUAAAACCUGUCGUACAAUACUUAAGAUCUCGCAAUAUGACGUCCAUUAUUUAUUUGGAUGAUUUAUUAUUGUUAGAAUCUUCUUACACUGACUGUUACAGAAAUUUGAAUUGUACACUUAAUUUUUUACAAAAUCUGGGAUUUAUAGUUAACUUUGAAAAAAGUUGUUUAAGACCUUUAAAUCAAUGUAAAUUUUUAGGUUUCAUUUUCGAUUCCAGUAACAUGACCAUUAGUCUUCCAAUUCAGAAAAGAUCUAGAAUAAAAGAAAUGCUAAUCAGCCUAUCAAAAUCUCAUAAACUAAAGUUACGAAAAUUCGCGAAAAUAUUAGGUCUUCUGACUUCAUCAUGUCCCGCUAUAGAAUACGGUUGGCUAUACACAAAAACUUUCGAACGUUUUAAAUAUAAAAAGCUACUUAAUAACCCUUCAUACAAUCAAUAUGUAAAAAUCACAGAUCUGUUGAACAGUGAUAUAGAUUGGUGGAUUAAACACAUCGAUAAUGGAGUUUGUCGAUUAAAAUCUAACGAAUACCGUCUAGAAAUCUUCUCAGAUGCCUCAACGUCCGGUUGGGGGGCAUAUUGUAAAGAUAAUAAAAUAUUUGGUUAUUGGAAAGAUGAAGAAAAAUCUUUACAUAUUAAUGAAUUAGAGCUUAAAGCUGCCUUGUUUGCCCUUAAAGUUUUUGCUAAAGAUGAAUAUAAUUGUGAGAUCUUAAUGCGUAUUGAUAACAUCACUGCCAUAUCUUGUAUAAACAAAAUGGGGAGUGUCCAGUUUGUUCAUCUCGAUAACGUAUCGAGAGACAUUUGGAGUUGGUGCGAAAAACGUGGAAUUACGAUUUUUGCAUCAUAUAUUAACACAAAAGAGAACGUGGAAGCCGAUGCUAUGUCUCGAAAAAAGUUUCAAGAUACAGAGUGGGAAUUAGCGAAUUAUGCCUUUAAUGAAACCAUUGAACAAUUGGGUUCUCCGGUUAUAGAUUUGUUUGCCAGUAGACAUAAUGCAAAAUGUAAAAUAUAUAUUUCUUGGAAACAGGAUCCACAAGCUUGGGCUGUGGAUGCUUUCACAUUAGACUGGAAAAAAUUGGGCUAUUUUUACGCGUUUCCACCAUUUUCUCUUGUACUAAAAACCCUACAAAAAAUUACUAGAGAAAAAGCAGAGGGCAUUGUCAUAGUACCGUUUUGGCCAACUCAGCCCUGGUUUCCAUUAUUUCAAAGACUAUUAACCUGCAAGCCCAUUUAUUUUCAACCAAAUGUAAAUCUACUUAAAUCUCCUUUCAGAACAUCACACAAUCUUCACAGAAGCCUCAGACUAGUUGCCGCGAGAUUAUCAGGGAAACUCUUCUGAAAAGAUUCUUAUCACCUCGUUCCAUAGACAUCAUGUUAGCUUCGCUAUCAGACAGUACUUACAAACAAUAUGAUUACUGUAUAAGAAACUGGCUUCAAUACUGUACUAAAAACAAGUAUGAUUUUACUACAGUUUCUGUACCGAUUGCUAUUCAUUUUCUAACAGAAGUUUUUGAUUCUGGUGCAAGUUACGGCACUAUUAAUUGUCACAAAUCGGCUUUAUCCUUAUUAUUGGGAAGUAAUUUAAUGAAUGAUAAUAGAAUUAAGCGAUUCAUGAAAGGAGUUUUUAGAUUAAGACCUACUAGAGCAAAAUAUAACUGGACUUGGAACCCUAGUAUAGUUCUAAACUAUUUAGCCCAAAAAUGGCCAAAUGAGUCACUUGACCUAAAAACCCUUUCUGCAAAGACUUUGACCUUAUUAGCAUUAGUAUCAGCACAUAGAGUGCAGACAUUUUCCUUAAUAAAAUUAUCCAACAUUAAGAUAUUUGAUUCAGUAGAAAUAGUAAUUACUAUUCCUGAAAUUAUAAAAACAUCUAAACCAAAUUCAUACCAACCUGUCUUAAAACUACCAUAUUUCCAAGAAAAGCCGGAAAUAUGCCCGGCAAGUUGUUUACAAACCUACAUAAAUAAAACAUCAACAUUACGUCACGUAGGC